CCUAACUGUGACGUUGUUUUUAUAAAUGCGAUUGUACUUUUGUUAUGUCAAUCUUGCAAGAUUAUUUUAACAAGAUAUGAACUGUUCAGAAAUCGCAAUGGUGUUAUGUUUUUUUUUUAUGAUACAGUUAGUGUUGUAUGUUGUUAUGUGGUUGUUGUGUGAAAAUACAAGUUGUUAAUACAAAAGAGGAAGUGCAUAUUUCUUUCUAAAUAAGAAGCUAUGAGUUUAGCCUAGAUGUUCUUUAACUUGGGUUUAGCCUGGAUAUUUGUAAAUUGUAAUUCAGUUUUUUGAAACAACUAAUAAACAAACGUAUAUUCUUUUCUAUUUGUGCUCUGUUCUAGAUUCUGUAAAGCUUUAAUUUCGCCAAUGUUUCGUGAGUUAGUAGUUUGGUUUAGCCUGGAUGCUUGUAACUUGUAAUGCAGUCUUUUAAAAAAACACGUACACUCUUCUUUAUUUGUGCUAUGUUCUAGAUUCUGUAAAUUUUGCUAAUAUUUUGUGUGUUAGUAGUUUGCAGUAUGUAUGCCCUGAACCUUAUAUUUCCUAUAAACGAGUUUUUAAAAAAAAUGUGUGUUUUGUUGGCAUGGCUGUGAAUGUUUUCUUCCUUAUAAUCUGGAUAGGUAAUAAAAUACAGAAUAAAGAUGGCGUUAGUAGAUUAUGUGGUGCAUUGUUUUUUUGGUUGUAUUCUUGUUCUCUACACAUUUCACUUUUUACUGAGGACGUUGUUACAAACGAUGACUAAUAGUUUAACGUAUGGACAGCGUUAUGUUAUAUCGACAAAAAUCGUGUCAGGUGUGUUCGCAUUAGUGACCUCCGUCAUAGCUGCUCGAACGCUCGUUUCAACAACAGACAUUAUGCAUCAACCAGACACCGUGUUGGAGACCUACACUAUCUUAAUGUGCGGUUACUUUGCGUAUGACAUUAUAGUCAUGUAUAGAGGGUUCGUCGAAAAGCUAAGAGACGCGAAAAAACUUAAUAAUCGCAAUAUGAAGCAGUUAGUGAAAGCGUUUCUACGUCGCGAAUUAUUUAUCGUCAUUCAUCAUGCUGUUUUACAGUGUUUAGGCUUGCCUGUUGCAGUCGUCAUGCUGACUAGGCGUGGUUUGGGUGUAUUUUUCAUGGCUGGUGUAUUCAUAGCGGAAAUUAGCACGCCGUUUUACUCCACAAGAGGAAUAUUAACAACGAUUGGCAAAACAUCAGGAGUAUUUUAUGAAGUGAACGGGUUGUGCUUCAUGAUCACCUUCUUCUUCGGACGAAUAUGCUCGUUUCCAUAUUUAUACUACCGCUACUCAAUAUAUGCGAAUCUCCCUCUGUAUCGUGUUCCCUUUAAAAUUCCACUGUUGUGCAACGUCGCAAGUUUCGCUUUCUUUGCGUUACAAUCUUACUGGUUUUACUUAAUCAUUCGAACAGUUUUUAAUUAUUUGUUGAAGAGUAAAUCCGCGCAGGAGUUAAAAGUAGAAGGUAAUCAUGCUGACGAUAGAAAGGUAACGAAUGGUCAUGCAGUUAAUGGGAAUGGUCACGUGAUCAGUAAAGGCAAUCACGUGGUGAAUGGUGACGGACUCGUGGUGAAUGGAAAUUGUCACGUGAUAAAUGGGAAUGGUCAUGUGAUUGAUUCUGAGAGCAAGAAAACCCAUUAGUUGUUUCUUUUAUUAUUUUAUUUGAAACACGGCUCUUAUCGCGAGCCAUUGUCAGUCUUAGGUAGUAGCAGUAACACUUCGUUACCAUGCUCCAAAGCCAGUAGUUUAAAUUAUAAACGCCUAGUUUGGGUGUUUCGGCACAAGUCUCUUUCAUAUUAAACAUGUUCGAUCGACGAAAAUUUUUAGGAGAGGGAGGUGGAGCCGUGUCUCCCUCCUUCCCUGAUACUCCCAGGUUGCUACAUAAAUUACCUCUUUGUUGAAUAGUUUUAUAGUUUCAUUUUACUAUUUCAUGUAAUAUCUACUAGUAUAAUAUUCUUUAUUUAUCACAUUUUAUAUUUAUUAUUACAAAAUGACGUCAUUAUUAUGACGUCACAAAUAUGUCUGGGGUAAAUAUUUUUACGAUUUUUUUAAAUUUUUUUUUAUUAGUUAUAUAUUUAUUCAACUUAUCUUUAUUCAUCGAGAUUAUCGGUAUAUACUCUUACGGAGGGCGGUGGGGGAUUAUCUUCCUCACCCACCCUUCCAUUGGGUGGGCGUAGAUUGCAGUGAAUGCAGUGCUUUUUAAAAGAUUAGUCUCUUAAAGAGGCGUGGGAAAGAAGUUGUUUAUUUAUUUAUGUACUAAAAUAAAAUAUCUUCUAUUAUAAUUGUUCUAUUAUAAA